CGGGAGAAGUAGCUUCCCGCGGUGCGCAGGCGCCCGCUCUGGGAGCGAUUUCAGCGCAGGCGCACGCGGGGUCGGUGUGGAGAAGACCUUCAGCUUUGCCCUGGUGAAGAGAGUGGCUCCUCGGUUAGAGAAGAAAUGUGUGACACACCAACUUACUGUGACUUAGGAAAGGCUGCCAAAGAUGUCUUCAACAAAGGAUAUGGGUUUGGUAUGGUUAAGAUAGAUCUUAGAACCAAGUCCUGCAGUGGAGUGCUGGAAUUUUCCACAUCUGGUCAUUCAUACACUGACACAGGUAAAGCUUCGGGUAAUUUGGAAACGAAGUACAAGAUCUGUGACUAUGGGCUUACCUUCGUUCAAAAAUGGAACACAGACAAUACCUUGGGGACAGAAAUCAGCAUGGAGGAUAAAUUGGCUGAAGGUUUGAAGGUGACUCUUGACACCAUAUUUGUACCAAACACAGGGAAGAAGAGUGGGAAAUUAAAGGCCUCCUAUAAACGGGAUUGUUUCGCUCUUGGUGGAAAUGUUGACAUUGAUUUUUCUGGACCGACCAUCUAUGGCUGGGCUGUAUUGGCUUAUGAAGGAUGGCUUGCUGGCUAUCAGAUGAGUUUUGACACAGCCAAAUCCAAACUAUCUCAGAAUAAUUUUGCCCUGGGUUAUAAAGCUGUUGAUUUCCAGUUGCACACACAUGUGAAUGAUGGCACUGAAUUUGGAGGGUCAAUCUACCAAAAGGUUAAUGAGAAGAUUGAAACAUCAAUAAAUCUUGCUUGGACAGCUGGCAGUAACAACACUCGUUUUGGCAUUGCUGCUAAGUACAAGCUGGAUCAAAAAACUUCUUUAUCUGGUAAAGUGAAUAAUGCCAGCCUUAUUGGACUUGGUUAUACUCAGACACUCAGAGCAGGUGUAAAAUUAACGCUUUCAGCUUUAAUUGAUGGGAAAAACUUCAAUGCAGGAGGUCAUAAGGUUGGGUUGGGAUUUGAAUUGGAAGCUUAAUAUAGUUUUUAAGUAAAGUAUCAGAUCUAUCCCUGGAAAUGAAGAGAAAUGAACCCACUCUGUUUUGGCCUUAAUAUUCUUCUGUGAAAUUUCAACAAUGUGAACUUUUUAUUCUUCCAAAGAAUUGUUGUAGCGCCACCACGCUGAAGUGAGAUUUUUGAGUCUAUUAUAAGAGAGAGAUACUUGAAGGCAUGCAUGGAAGUUGUAACGUUUGUGCCACAUUUCAGUUCAGUUUCUCAGUGUUAUUUUAAAUUUGUUCUUCAACGACAGUGUAGUGUCAUGUUAUAAAGGAAAUAACCUGAUCCUCCAGUUUGUACAUCACGUCCUGCAUGUCCUACACCACUUUUUCAUGACCUUUUAUCAAAUUGGUCUCUGUGCUAUAGUGAAAGCUUUGGUUUUGCAUCAGAGUAAAAUAAAUUCAUCACAUUUGGAACAUAA